ACGAACCGACGACCAGUUUUCUCAUCAGUCGACGUACGCACGGUCGUACGCACUUUUAGUCUGCACAGUCCACGACGAAAUCGACCCGUUUGCACCGUUCUUUAUUAAUUCACAGUCGUACUUCUCGCCGACACACGUCCGUCUAAACACGUACGCCAGGAUUCAAGAUGACCAAGAACAAAGGAUGCGAUGCAUUUUUAUCGGAUUUGGAUAAAGUGCCGUUCAUACAAAUUGGAGACUUCAAGCUCCGUUUGGAACUGGACGACGAUUUGUCACCAGAGUUAUUGGAAGUGGCCGUAAAAGAACUAAGAGAAACACCCGAACAACAAGAACAAUCUAUCGCUGAACUGAAAGCAUUACUUGAAAAGGACAAAGAUCUCAAAGCGCCCAUAGACAACAGAGCAUGGCUGAUUCGCUUUCUUCGUCCAACGAAAUACUAUCCAGAAAGUGCAUACAAGCUGAUCAAACAAUACUACCAAUUCAAAGUGAAACACUCAAAUAUAUACGAUGGCCUUUCACCCAAGACUGAGAAAAACAUUUUCGAUCACGAUAUACUACAUGUCUUACCGAAACGUGACCAAGGUGGACGCAGGAUUUUAGUAAUUGAAUUAGGAAAGAAAUGGAAGCACAAGAAGUGUUCGUUGGACGAAGUAUACAAAGGUGCUGUGAUAUUCCUUGAAGCAGCCAUAAUGGAACCAGCCACCCAAGUAGCUGGAGCCCAAGUAGUUUUCGACAUGGACGGUUUGUCGUUGCAACAAACUUGGCAAUUUAGCCCACCGUUCGCCAAGCGAAUUGUUGACUGGCUUCAAGACAGCGUUCCUGCGCGAAUCAAAGGAAUCCACAUCGUUAACCAACCGAUGCUGUUCAAUGUUGUCUUUAACUUCUUCAAACCAUUCCUGAGAGAAAAACUGCGGUCGAGGAUCGUCUUCCACGGAACCGACAGGCAGUCUUUGCACAAACACCUGUACCAGCCAUGUUUACCGGAAUGCUACGGUGGUACGUUGGACGUACCUUCUAUUACUGGACCUCAAUGGCAUGAAUUACUUUUAACAGUAGAAAAAGAAUUUGAAGUCUUAAACAAGUACGGAUAUGGAAAAUGAUUCCAGUGAUGGCGUCCUGCAAUAUCAGCAAAGACAAAUUGAAGCCUUCAACGCGUCUUUGAUAAUUAAAAAGCAAAAAAAAAUUUUUUAUUAUUUUGGUGUAUGUCGAUCAUUUAUAUAGAAAAAACUCAUAUUUUUAUUAUAUCAAACAAAUAAAUUAUUAUUGUUUUAAGUUUAUUUUUAUCUAUAACUUUGUAUGCUAAUGAUUUCCAACAUAUUAGGACUUAUAAAGUACCUAUAAGUAGAAUUGUAGAAACCGCGUGUGUAAACAACGUACCAACUCGUAUACCAUAUUGUUAUAAAUUAUUUAUUCUUUAAAUUAUAUUAUUGUAUUUUAUUUAUUAACAA